UCAAGAAAAAAAAAACUCUCCCCCCUUUCCGAUUUUUUUGUUAACAAACCGCAGUAAUAUAAAUUUUUUCACAAACACUUAUAUUUUUGUAAGGAGCGAGGACCACUUGGUGGCCUCUACGGAAAGGUCUCCUUUUAUUACCCUUGACCUUUGAGAGAUAUGGAUACAGAAGUUAUAUCUGUUCCCGUUCAGCUGGUUCAUAACGACCAGACUACUUUACCUUUACCUCUUCUUUCUCCCUCAAAAACGUUUAAUAAUACGUCCAAUUUUCAUAAAAAUACUUUUCUUGUCUCUGUGAAAAAAUUUCACGUGAUGACAAAAUGCCGAACCGGUUAUAACAAGAUUUACGAAUUCAGGCGCUCAAAAAGUUUCCUUUUUGAGCUUGCUGAUGUUUUCUCGGACACCAAUAAUCUUCAUUUAUUUUUACACACCAAUGAUUAUCACAUGGAUUCUACGCCUAUUCGAUACACAUCCACGAGCUAUUUGCCUAACACAAAAUAUCAAAUUAGUAAAAUGCUCACACACUUUUUUACCUUACAAAAAGUUUUACCCCAACGUAUUCAACAAAAGUAUUUUGAUUUGAUUCGCCAGAAAUUACUGGAUCGAAUCGACUUUAUCAAGUCACGUGCUUCUAAUAGAACUUUGAAGAACACUCAUACAAAAACUUUCUUCUCGUUUUCUUAUAAGCGCUAUCGCUUCCACUUUGGUAUUUACGUUCCUUGUGAACAUGUUUGCACACCCGCUUUAUCUAAUUCUCUUACCCGGUGUCAUAGCCCGAGCCCUUUCGUCAUGUCUUUAAAUAGACGUGCUUGUGGUACUCAUCAACCUGAAUUUUCGAGAACAAAAAUUAAUCACCAUUUGAAACCUGUGCCUGAAUUGGACCCAGGAUAUACGAAUUCAAAAUCUUCACACGCUAAUCAUGUAUACGAUCUUUGGCAACAUCGAUGGAAAAAUGAGAUCUUUUCCAACCGCCUUGGCAUUCAGUACAAUGUAUGCUAUGUGGCUAACAGUACUAAUUUCGUGCGCAAACAUCCAGGCGCCUAUAUUUACAGGAAACACCUUUCGAAUUUCAAACUCAAUCAUAGCAGUAAUCCUGCAACGAAGCGCAAACAGGAAACCCGCUUCAAGAGACAUUGUGCAAGGGUGCUUAAAACUAUUGACCCUACCUCCCGCACUUUGAAAGAUGACAAACUCUCAGCUGGAAGACGUUUUCGCUUCCUAUUCGAUGAAUCACAACAUAUCUACUCACCUCUUCACCAUUUGAAAUUCAAAAAAUUUUCAACGGAGAAAUUAUUACCUGAUCCUGAUGAUUAUAUAUUUAAAAUACCUCAUCACACGCUGCCGAAUUGCAGCACUACGUCACAACCUUUGACCUUAUCUAGGCCUUCUGGCGUUAAUACUAUCCCUCAUUAUUUGAAUGCUGCAGAAAUCGAGGCUCUCAUGGAUUCGUUAGAACCACUUCCUCGUAGCACUAUAUACUAUGGUUAUAAUCCCGUAGACCCGUCUAAAGUGAAUAGUAGUUAUUAUUUGCAAUACAACCCCUUUGAACCUGACUUACCCCCGACUACCCAUAUACGUCGGUCUAACCCUUUAGAUUACGACUCAUCCGCCGCUAACGGUAUGGGCACCACACUUAAACAUUAUUAUCGUCGAGGAAUAUCAACUCGACAACUGACGGUUCAUACUAAUGGAUUUCACGAGCAGAUGAAUCAACCCCCACCUCCUCCAAUGCCUUGCAAAAAGAAACAACAUCGCAAGUGGAAGAAAUGGGUGGAAAAAUAUCAAGAUUACUACGACUAUACGUGCAUACCGUACGCUCCUCGGCCUUGUCACCCGGCUGAAUACCAUAUAGAUCUCUUUGGUUUACCUUCAUACACCUCAGAUGAAACUAAAUCGGUGGAAUACCGACCUAACAAGAGGGACACUUUGUCCUAUCCUUCCGCUUCGUCACAAUCACAUGACCACAAACGAACAAGACCAGCGAAUAGUUUCCCUACCGACUCCCUAUUUUCUAGUCUUAAUUCUAAUUAAUUUAGUUUUUCUUAUUCUAUAUAUGUAUAUUGUUCAUGUAAUGAGUCUUAAACACUUUUUUCCUAUUUUACAUUCUACAUUUUGGCGUCUAUGAAUUACCCUUACGUCAUCAUGCACGUUUGUAUAUGUAUCAAACAAUUUAAAAUAGUGUGAACCAUUCCACUUAUGACAGUAUUGACAAGUGGCAGCCUUAGGGCUGAAAGCAAAAUACGGGUUUUAUUAAUUUUUCUUGUUUUUUUUCUUGGGAUUUUGGUAAAAUUG